AUGGAGACAGCACUUGAUAUAUUUGGCUACCUGAGCUCUCAGAUUCCACACUUCAUCCGUCGCCACUUUUUCAACAAGUCCCGCAUUCGUAAUGCCGGACUUCACGACUGCUUGAUCGACGAGCAACCUCCCCCGCUGAUCGCAUACGUGGUGAAAGCCCUGUACCAUGCAUUGCAGGAGUCAACGUACAGUUCUCUGUCGAUGUGGACGAUAAUGACAGAUACGGCACCCACUGGCGAGUCGGAUCCUGCUCUAAUGGCAGCGUUCCUUGCGGAACCUAUUCCUGGGGAUGCAAAUUUAGGACCAUUGGUGAUGCCAAAUGCGACGGACGACAUCCCGAACGAGAAGGACUUGCCGAGAAGUCCUGUUCUCCUUGAUCUUGACGAUGUGGAGAAUGACGAAAACCAGAGUAUUGACGAAGAAGAAGAUGAUGAUGAGUUGAGCUCGGUUGAGGGGCUUUGGCAGGAGGAUUCUGUAUAA